AUGAUUGAAGCACCUGCUAAUAUUCAACUUCAUGGAAAUGAAUAUAAAGAAGAAUGUAUAUAUUCCUCAAUUGAUAAUUUUAAUGGUCCUUUUGAUUAUUUAAAUUAUUAUUUUUUGUGUGAAAUUGUUUUUGAUGAUUUUAGUUUUAAAUCACCAUAUCACUGUUAUUUUUUUUUAAGAAAUCAAUUUGAAAAUUUUAAAAAUGUACAUACUAACUAUGUACAAAAUUCAAACUCCGAUAAACCUCAUGGGGACCAUAUAAAAAUUAUAAAUCAAAAAAAUGCAACAGAACUUUUUCAAAAUGAAGAAAUAAUAUAUUACGAUGAAAUUGAUACUUCAGAUGUAAAAAGAAAGGCUCUCGAAAAUAUAAAUAAUAUCAUUAAUAGAUUAACCAUAUCUGAUUUAAUGGAAAUUUCUUUAUAUUUUAGUGAGAAUCCGGAAUGGGAAAAUAACAAGUUGGCAUGGAUGGAAAUGAUUCAGAGAGAUAAGUUUCGUAAGUAUGAUAAGAUGAGAGAAAAUUUGAAAGAAACUGGAAUGAGAGAAAUAAUAUUUAAGAUGAAUAAUGACGAAAUAGAUAGGAUGAAGAAUAAGAGUAUGAUUAAAGAUUUUUUGUUUUUUGGAGUUAUAGAUAAAAAAGGUCAAAAUUAUUUAGGUAGAAUAUAUAUGAUAAUUAGGAAUGAUAUAAUAAAAAAUUAUGAGAUAUAUACAUGGCUUUUAACAAAUUGUAAUAUGCAAACGGAUGAGAAUUUGGCUGCUGAUAUAUUUAUUGAAGAAACAUAUUAUGAAAAGAAGCCAAUUAAUAAUAAAGGCUCAGAUGAUAAAAAGAAAAAAGAAAACUCCAAUAAAGGAGGGGGGAAUCAUAAAAAUGACGAUCAUCUUGUAUUUGAGAAAAAAAUGAAUAAUUAUACAUUUGAAAAAAAAGAAUAUAUAUGUUUUGGAAAAAAUGAAACAAAUGAUAUUGUAUGUAUGAACCCAUCUAUUUCUAGAUUCCAUUGUGUAUUAUAUAUGUGCGAAGAUUUCCAAGUAUAUUUGAUUGACGUUGGUUCAAAAUCUGGUACAAAAUUAAAUAAUUGUAUAUGUGAAAUUCAUAAAAAAUAUAAAGUAUCUAAUAAUGAUGUUAUCAGUUUAGGUGUAUCAAAAACAACAUUCAAAAUUAAUAUUAAUGUUGAGAAAGUAUUAGAAUAUUUAGAUAAAAGAGAAUGUGAAAUUAAAAGAAAGAUGGAAAUUAUGAAUGAAGAAAUUAAUUAUCCUCUAGGUAAUAAACUUUUCUUUAGAUUAAAAAUCUCAAAUAUUUAUUAUAAAUGUAAUGAAUAUGAUAUUUUAGAUUUUUUUAAGGAUUGUGGUCAAAUCAAAAAAAUACAAUUAUAUAAUAUGCCACUUAAAAAACAUAUAAAUCAAAACAUCAAAAAUAUCAAAGCAUACAAAGAAGCAAUAAUUGAUGUUUUCGAUGAACAAACCUCUGCAAAUAUUUUAAAUAGAAAUGAAUGCUUCUUGUAUGGAAGAAAAAUUUAUAUCGUCUAUGUACCCAUCAAGAAUGAUGUAAAACAUGAUAAUAAUAAAUCAACAUAUGAAAAUGUAGCUGAAAGGUAUGAUACGGAACUUACUACUAAAGAUACGAAUAAUAGUAUAGAAAGCAUUAUUCUAACAAAAGGAAAAGGUGCUGAUAAAAGAAGCAAAUAUCAAAAGAGUAAAAAAUAUAAUGACGAAAAAUUAAAAGAAGAAAAACAUAGGGGAAAGAAAGAUAAACAUAAGAAACAUAAAGAUGAAAAAUAUAAGGAUGAAAAAUAUAAGGAUGAAAAGUAUAAGGAUGAAAAGUAUAAGGAUGAAAAGUAUAAGGAUGAAAAGUAUAAAGAUGAAAAGUAUAAAGAUGAAAAGUAUAAGGAUGAAAAGUAUAAAGAUGAAAAAUAUAGAGAUAAAAAAUAUAAGGAGGAUAAAUACAAAGAUGAUAAAUAUAAAAGUGAUAAAUAUAAAAAUGAUAAAUAUAAAGAUGAAAAAUAUAGAGAUAAAAAAUAUAAGGAGGAUAAAUACAAAGAUGAUAAAUAUAAAGAUGAUAAACAUAAGGAUGAUAAAUAUAAGGAUGAAAAGUAUAGAUUGAAAAAGCAUAAAGAAAAAAAACAUAGAGAACUAAGAAGCUCCAGAAGGAAAAGUAACAGUAGCAAAUUAUAUAAAAGAGGAAGUGAUAUUAGUAGUAUAUUUAGUAGUGAUGAGGAAAGAAGUGAUAAUAGAGAUGAGCGAAGAAAUCAAAAAAGACAUACAAGAAGAAGUGAUAAUAUUAAAAGUUCUGAAAAUAGGCGCUCAAAAAGAGGAGAAAGAUAUAGUAACAGAAGAAGUAGUACUCAUAGAAAAAGCACGGAUGAAGAAUAUGAUGAAGAAAUAGAAAGUUCAUACAGAACUGAUGAUGUAACUAGUGAAAGUGAUGAAAGUAGAAUAGAAAAAAGACGAGAGCAUAGAAGUGAAAGCAAGUACGGAAGAAGAAGUAUACGAAAAAGCGAAAGAAGUAGUGAGAAGAGUAGUAAAAGAGGUUACGAUAAUAAAAGUAAUGAUAAAAUCCAUGAAAAAAAUAGUGAAAGGAGUAAUGAAAGUAGAUAUGAAAGAAUAGAUAGUAAACGAAGUGGAAGAAGUAUCAGGAAAAGUGAAAAGGGUAGCGAAAAAAAUAGUGAAAAAAGUAGUAAAAAAAGUAGUGAUAAAAAAAGUGAAAGAAGAAGUGGAAGAAAAAGUGAAAGCAAAUCUGAAAAUAGAAGAGAAAGUACUAGACGUGAAAGUAGACGUUCAAGAAGAUAUUCAAGAAAAUCUGAUACUGAAUCAGAUGAUGAUAAUAAUAGUGAAUAUUCCAAUAUAAGAGAUAUUGAAAAAUAUAAAAAAGAUAAAAGAAAAAAAUAUCCUACUUCAUGUUCUGUUAGUAAUUCAUAUUCUGAGAGUAAUAGAUCAUAUGAAACUGAUCUAAAGAAGGAAAGAAAAGCAAAAAAGCAUGUUGGUUCGAAAAGGAAUAGUUAA